AUGGCUGCUAUGAAAGCUGAGAUUGAGAGGUUGAAUGCUGAAAAUGCUAGAUUCAAAAGUGGAGAGCUGGUGACUCUACAGGAGAAAAUUGCUGAUACUUCCUUUACUUCUCUGAAAAAGGAAUUGGAUGAUCAUGUCAAGGGUAUUCACUCUAGGAUGGACAAAUUUGACAAGAAUCAGGAGCUCUGUAUGACUAAGCUUGAUAACUUGGAGCAAACUUUGGCUCAAGUUGUUCAACAGUUGAAGAUCAAUCAGUCUACAUCUCAGUCUACUCCAGAGGAUCCCUCAACUAAGGGGGAGAAGGACAAGGAAGACAAAGAUGAUAACACAUCUUCUACUUCAUCUGAAGUAGAUGAGGAAAUUAUAUGCAAGGAGCAAGCUACAGCUGAAGCUGAGACUACUGUAUCUGAUUCUCAAAUUCCAGUCUCUGAUCAUGGACCCUCCACUCCAAUUCCUCAUUCUCCAAUGAAAAUUCCUGAGGAUGCCAUUGUUCAUGAUACAGCUCCAGAAAACUACAAGUCAGAUGUUGUAGUUGAAGAACCUGAUAAGGUAGCAGUGGAAGCACUACAAUCUCUUGCUAAGGCUGGUGAAGAGCCUAGCAAAUCAAAAGUUGAUGCUCAAGAAAAAUUUGUUCAAGAUCCAGUUGAGAAAGUUGCUAAUCCUGCAUCUGAUAAUGAUGAGGAUGAUGACAGUUCAGAUGAUGACAAUGAUGAAAAUGAUGAUGAAGUUCCUUUGUCACAUCUACAGCAAAAAACAUAA